AGUCUAUUUGGAACGGAAGGGUAGUGGCCGCUGCUUCCUGGUUGCGGGUCGGCGCCGAGGGCCCGGUUUCGCAGUGGCGAUGUUGCCCUACACCGUGAAUUUUAAGGUGUCGGCGCGCACCCUCACCGGGGCCCUCAACGCCCACAACAAGGCGGCGGUGGACUGGGGCUGGCAAGGUUUAAUUGCUUAUGGAUGUCAUUCGCUUGUGGUAGUGAUUGAUUCCAAUACUGCUCAAACUCUUCAAGUUUUAGAAAAACAUAAAGCUGAUGUUGUCAAGGUUAAAUGGGCCAGGGAAAAUUACCACCAUAACAUUGGGUCGCCAUACUCCUUGCGCUUGGCUUCUGCUGAUGUCAAUGGCAAGAUCAUCGUUUGGGAUGUAGCAGCAGGCAUAGCUCAGUGUGAGAUCCAGGAGCAUGCCAAGCCUAUUCAGGAUGUUCAGUGGUUAUGGAAUCAAGAUGCUUCCCGAGAUUUAUUGCUUGCUAUCCAUCCGCCAAAUUAUAUUGUGCUCUGGAACGCAGAUACUGGCACCAAACUCUGGAAGAAGAGCUAUGCGGAUAACAUUCUUUCUUUUUCUUUUGACCCUUUUGAUCCCUCACAUUUAACUUUACUCACCAGCGAAGGCAUUGUGUUCAUCUCAGACUUCUCCCCAUCUAAGCCUCCAUCGGGCCCUGGGAAAAAAGUUUACAUAUCCAGCCCACACUCCAGCCCAGCUCACAGCAAAGUGGCUGCAGCCACAGGGGCCAAGAAGGCUCUUAAUAAAGUGAAAAUCUUAAUCACUCAGGAGAAGCCUAGUGCUGAGUUCAUAACUCUCAAUGAUUGCCUUCAGUUGGCAUACCUGCCUUCCAAAAGGAAUCACAUGUUGCUACUCUAUCCUCGAGAGAUUUUAAUCCUUGACCUUGAAGUGAAUCAAACAGUGGGUGUGAUUGCAAUAGAAAGAACAGGAGUUCCAUUUCUGCAGGUAAUACCUUGCUUUCAACGUGAUUGUUUAUUUUGCCUACAUGAAAAUGGUUGCAUAACCUUACGUGUUCGAAGAUCUUACAAUAGUAUUUUCACCACUUCAAGUGAGGAACCAGAUCCAGAUCCUGUCCAGGAGCUUACCUACGAUUUACGAAGCCAGUGUGAUGCGAUCAGGGUGACAAAAACUGUCCGUCCCUUCAGCAUGGUGUGUUGUCCCGUCAAUGAGAAUGCAGCUGCCCUCAUAGUGAGUGACGGCAGGGUCAUGAUCUGGGAACUGAAGUCCGCUGUUUGCAGUCGGAAUUCACGGAACAGCAGCUCUGGCGUGUCACCUCUGUAUUCACCAGUGUCUUUCUGUGGAAUUCCUGUAGGAGUGCUACAGAAUAAACUCCCAGACCUCUCCUUAGAUAACAUGAUUGGGCAAAGUGCAGUUGCCGGGGAAGAACAUCCCAAAAGCCCCAUUCUGCAGGAAGUGCACCUCAAGUUCUUGCUAACAGGACUGCUCUCAGGAUUGCCCUCACCGCACUUUGCCAUCCGUAUGUGCCCACCACUGACCACAAAAAAUAUUAAGGUGUACCAGCCGUUGCUUGCUGUGGGUACCAGUAAUGGUUCGGUCCUGGUGUACCAUCUCACCAGUGGGCUGCUGCACAAGGAGCUGAGUAUCCAUUCGUGUGAAGUCAAGGGUAUCGAAUGGACAAGUUUAACAGGUUUUCUUUCUUUCGCUACCUCCACACCAAACAACAUGGGAUUAGUGAGAAAUGAACUUCAGCUCGUCGAUCUUCCAACAGGCAGGAGCAUUGCUUUUCGUGGUGAACGAGGUAAUGAUGAAUCGCCCAUCGAAAUGAUUAAAGUAUCUCAUUUGAAGCAGUAUCUGGCAGUUGUAUUCAAAGACAAACCCCUGGAGUUAUGGGAUGUUAGGACUUGUACCAUUCUUCGAGAAAUGUCCAAAAACUUCCCUGCGAUAACUGCUUUGGAGUGGUCACCGUCUCACAACUUGAAGAGCCUGAGAAAGAAGCAGCUGGCUACCCGAGAGGCCAUGGCCCGCCAGACCGUGGUGUCAGAUACAGAACUGAGUGUCGUUGAGUCAUCUGUGAUCAGCUUGUUGCAGGAGGCAGAAAGUAAAUCUGAACUCAGUCAGAACAUCUCUGCCCGGGAGCAUUUUGUGUUUACUGAUAACGAUGGCCAAGUCUAUCAUCUCACUGUUGAAGGAAACUCAGUGAAGGACAGUGCUCGGAUUCCACCAGAUGGAAGUAUGGGUAGUAUUACCUGCAUCGCUUGGAAAGGUGAUACUUUAGUUCUUGGAGAUAUGGACGGAAAUUUAAAUUUUUGGGAUUUGAAAGGCAGAGUAUCCAGAGGAAUACCUACACACCGAAGUUGGGUGAGGAAGAUUCGUUUUGCCCCUGGUAAAGGAAACCAAAAAUUAAUAGCAAUGUACAAUGAUGGAGCUGAAGUGUGGGAUACUAAAGAGGUUCAGAUGGUGAGCAGUUUACGAAGUGGAAGAAACGUCACCUUUCGGAUAUUGGACGUGGACUGGUGCACGUCAGACAAAGUGAUCCUGGCCUCAGAUGAUGGGUGUAUCCGAGUCCUGGAGAUGUCCAUGAAAUCCACGUGUUUUAGAAUGGAUGAGCAGGAGUUAACCGAGCCUGUGUGGUGCCCUUAUCUCCUCGUUCCAAGGGCCUCCCUCGCCUUAAAAGCCUUCUUGUUACAUCAGCCCUGGAACGGACGAUAUUCUUUGGACGUUUCUCACAUUGAUUAUCCAGAAAAUGAAGAAAUAAAGAAUCUCCUUCAAGAGCAGUUGAACUCACUGUCUAAUGACAUCAAGAAACUCUUGCUCGAUCCAGAAUUCACUCUCUUGCAGAGAUGCCUGCUUGUUUCAAGGCUGUACGGGGACGAGUCGGAGCUGCACUUCUGGACGGUCGCCGCCCACUACCUGCACAGCUUGUCCCAGGAGAGGGCAGCGAGCACGAUGGCGGCGAGAGAACCCGCCCCUCGGGACAGAGUGAACAACCCACUGGAUAUAUGCUAUGAUAUCCUCUGUGAAAACGCCUAUUUUCAGAAAUUUCAGCUGGAAAGGGUUAACCUCCAGGAAGUGAAACGGUCAACUUAUGAUCAUACGAGAAAAUGUACAGACCAGCUACUUCUCUUGGGUCAAACAGACAGAGCCGUGCAGUUGCUACUGGAAACAAGUGCCGAGAACCAGCAUUAUUAUUGUGACUCACUGAAAGCCUGUUUGGUCACAACGGUCACCUCGUCAGGCCCCUCGCAGAGCACCAUUAAGCUGGUGGCAACUAAUAUGAUCGCCAAUGGGAAACUGGCAGAGGGCGUCCAGCUGCUCUGCCUCAUCGACAAAGCUGCGGAUGCCUGCCGCUACCUGCAGACCUAUGGCGAGUGGAACCGGGCAGCCUGGCUUGCAAAAGUUCGUUUAAAUUCUGAGGAGUGCGCCGAUGUUUUGAAGCGGUGGGUUGACCACCUUUGCUCUCCUCAAGUGAACCAAAAGUCGAAGGCCCUGCUGGUCCUCCUCUCCCUGGGCUGCUUUUCCAGCGUGGCUGAGACGCUUCACAGCAUGAGGUACUUCGACAGAGCGGCCUUGUUUGUGGAAGCUUGUCUCAAGUACGGGGCGAUUGAAGUCAGCCAGGACACUGAGAAACUCAUCUCUGCUAUAUAUGCAGAUUAUGCCCGAAGUUUGAAGAACCUUGGAUUUAAACAGGGAGCCGUUCUUUUUGCUUCAAAAGCUGGAGCAGCUGGCAGAGAUUUGCUGAACGAGCUGGAAUCCCCCAAGCAAGAACUGACUGCACAGUGACAGGUUCCUGUGUGCAGGUGGCCGGGGUGUUGGUCUGGCUGUGGAUGGUCGCAGCCCAGAUGCACGAGGAUGCCGUCCCUCCGGGGGCCGUGUCACCACACGUGCUCGGCAGUAUAUGGACGUUUACACUGAUGGAGCCAGUUCCGGGACCUGUGUUUAUCAGACAAAGAUGGGGACACUUCAGGUUUUGUAAGUGUGUAACAUUUUCUACUUUUGGAGACAGAGCUUUAAGCGUCCCUGGAAAUACUUUUAAUUUUUUUAAAUCUAAAAUUCAAGCAACCGAAUUGCUUUUCUCACCAAGUAGACUUAGAUCCGUAGUCAAGGCAGUUUGUGAGGCCUGCUCUGGAUUAUGUGCCCCGCCUGUGCUUAGACAGCUGCUCCAUACACACCGAGAGAACCACGUGAGCAGAAGGGUGACUGACCGUGACCAUCCCUUGUUUUCUUACCUUGAAAACACAGCCGAUGAUUUCCUGAGUUAGGCAGUUGCUAAAUUUUGUAAUUUCAGGCUCAUAGGCUCAUAGAGAAAGGUUAAGCUUUAUACUUUGUCCCAGUGUGUGGGGUCUUGGAUAUUUUAGACUCUAACUCCUUCUAUGGUGCAUUACAGUAACCUCCUCUUGGAAGGCUCUGUGAUUUAAUUUCCUGUCCUUGUGUUCUUCCAGUGACCAAACUAUAUGAAAUGUGACUCUUGUAAAUUAUUGCUGAUAAUUUAAAUGUGUAUAACUUACAGAAAUGAUAAAUAAAAAGGGAGUUAAUCCCGGC